AUGAUUGACAAGGACUUGAACAUAAAAGUAUUUGACUUUGGUUUCCUCACUCAUAUAAGUGAUCUGGAAGAUGAGAGAGUUUAUUAUCCUCUUUCCCCAGAUGCUCCUGAGAUUGUUCGUGGUAUUCGCACUUCAAAAAGUGAUGUCUACACAUUCGGUCUUCUACUUAUGGAGUUGAUUUUCCAAAAAGAAAACAUGUGUAAGCCACGCCAUAGGAUAGAGCUCGAUGGUGUUGAUGAUGUAAGAUCGCUUCUGGAUAAGUCAGUCCUACAAGUUGAUUAUGAGCAAGCUCAUUGCAUCACGGAAAUUGUAGCAGCAUGUCUGGAGCACGAUCCAAAUGCACGUCCAGCUAUGAAGGAUGUCUUUGCCACCUUGUCUGAUUUGGGACAAGAGAGCAACUUUGUUAGCUUAUUGCGAGGCUUUAUAUGCUUAAACAGUUGCUUUAUUUAA